AACUUGUACCAUCAAUUAGUUAAGUUGUUCCCUUAAUUAGUUAACUUGUACCAUCAAUUAGUUAAGUUGUUCCCUUAAUUAGUUAACUUUUAUCAUCAAUUAGUUAACUUGUUCUCUCAAUUAGUUCAAUUGGUUAACUAAUUUCCUGAAUUAUGUAACUAAUUAGUUUCUUUUGUUAAUUAUUACUUUUGUUCAUUUUACAGGUUCAAAAGAUAUUUGGAACGAUUUAACAGAGGAUGAUAUUAGAGGACCUUUGACUGGAUAUACUGGCACUGUAGAUGAACUACAUGAACUUUAUGACAAACAUUCAAUACUUCUUGGAUUUUCAAUAAGAAAAAACACAUUAAGGAGAGAUAAAAAAACGGGAGAGAUAAAGGAAAGAUACUUUUGUUGUUCAAAGGAAGGAAAGAGAAAGGAAAACACAAAGCACACAAAGAAAGAAGAAGCAACUGUAUCAAGUGAGAGCAAACAGAAAGAACAGUCAAAGAACGCAAGGCAGCAAAACCUUACUAGAACAGGGUGCAACGCAUCUAUACGAUUGAAGUUACAAAAGGAUGGAAAGUUUAUAGUCUUUCAUCAUGUUAUAGAACACAAUCAUGCCUUAACAAGAGAGUCACUGCAAAACUUUCAAAGGUAUUUCCUAAUACAAGACAUAGAUUAUGCUUAUGGCACUUACAAAAGAAUGCUGUGUCAAGAUUUGGAGACUUAAAAGCUGACAAUACAUUCAAAGACACAUUCAAGAAGUGCUUAUAUCGUUGUUACAAUGAAGAAGAAUUUGAAACCACUUGGUUUGACAUGAUUACUAAGUAUAACCUUCAAGAUCAUGAUUGGUUUACAAAUCUCUAUACAAUAAAAGAAAAAUGGUGUACAGCUUUGAACAAAGAUUUUUUCUCAGCUGGAAUAUUGUCUUCACAAAGGAGUGAGAGCACUAACAAUGCUAUUGGAUUUAAAGGGAACAAAUCAACUUCACUAACAGAAUUCUUUCACAUUUUUGGAGCAACAGUGGAUCGUUGGAGAUAUCAAGAAGAUCAAAAUGAAUAUGAUUGUGGAAAUGCUUUGCCUAAAUCUGAUUUUCCAAUGGUCGGAAUGAUAAAACAUGCGGCAAAUGUUUACACACUUACAUUGUUUAGAGAUUUUGAAAAAGAAUUCAAGUAUGCAAUGGGUUGCAUCUCAAAUGUCAACUACAUCAAUGGAAAUUUCUUUGGUUACAAAGUGCAACAUGAAUCUUGGCCUGAACAUACUGCCCAUUAUGUGGCAUUUGAUCCAACAACAAAUUCCAUUAAAUGCACUUGUAGGAACUUCGAAGAAUCAGGAUGGCUAUGUUUCCAUGCAAUACGAGUUCUACAUAUACAUUCUAUUGUCAACAUUCAAGAGCAAUACAUUUCAAAAAGGUGGACAAAGUUUGCAAAAAGUGAAGUAUGGAAAAGAAUGGAACAUAGAGAAGAUAAUGGAACAGAAAAGAGAAAAAUUACUCCAUGGCGUUAUGAGAUGGCAAGAAAUUUGUACAACUUGGUUAUUAAAUGUCAAGGGAGUGAUGCAGCUAAAAAGGUGCUUAAAGAGGCUUAUGCUCAUGCUAACGAAAGCAUAAAUAAGGUUCUAGAAAAAGAAAAAGCAGCAGAAAAGGAGGCAGCACAAAAGGCACAAGACGAUGUUGAAGCACAACAAACCACAAUCAACAUAGCACCGUCUACAUCAUCAUCAUCAUCAAAUGCACCACAAAUAAUAGUUGAAAAUCCACCACUAGUGAAGACAAAAGGAAGAAGUAAAAGAAAAAAAGGAUUCUUUGAGAUAAGGACAUCGGCAACAGCACCUACAGAAUUUGGAACUUUUACACCAAAAGAACAACUUUUUUAGUGACAUUGGAUUGAAUUUAGUGUUUAUCAAAUUAGUUAACUUGUACCAGCAAUUAGUUAACUUGUUCCCUCAAUUAGUUAACUUCUUCCCUCAAUUAUUUAAUAUUGUUAACCUUACAAUACAUUAGUUAACG